UCGCGCAGGCGCAGCCUAGCCCCGGGCGAAGAUGGCGGCCUCCAGCUGGGUGCGCGCGGCCGUGGUCCUACUCUGCGCCUCUGAUCUGCUGCUGCUGUUAUCGCCCGGGGCCCGUGCGGACGAGGGCACGGCCGGUAAGCCCGGCGAGGCUGCUCCCCCUCCCCCGAAGAAGAAGAAGAAGGACAUUCGCGAUUACAAUGAUGCGGACAUGGCGCGUCUUCUGGAGCAGUGGGAGAAAGACGAUGACAUAGAAGAAGGAGACCUUCCAGAGCACAAAAGGCCCUCAGCACCGGUCGACUUCUCAAAGAUAGACCCCGGCAAGCCAGAGAGCAUAUUGCAGUUGACGAAGAAAGGGAAGACUCUCAUGAUGUUUGUCACCGUGUCAGGAAACCCCACGGAGAAGGAGACGGAGGAGAUCACCAGCCUCUGGCAGGGCAGCCUUUUCAAUGCCAACUACGACGUCCAGAGGUUCAUCGUGGGCUCCGACCGCGCCAUCUUCAUGCUGCGUGACGGGAGCUACGCCUGGGAGAUCAAGGACUUUUUGGUCGGUCAAGACAGGUGUGCUGAUGUCACUCUGGAGGGACAGGUGUACCCUGGCAGAGGAGGCGGCGGCAAAGAGAAGAACAAAACUAAGCAGGAGAAGGGCAAGAAGAAGAAGGAGGGAAGCCCGAAAGCCCGGGCUUCGAAGGAAGACAACCGGGCCGGGAACAAACGAGAAGACCUGUAAUGGGGCCGCUGGGGAGCACGCGGGGCAGAGCACAGCCAGGGGUCCUGGGGGCGGGGCAGGCGUGGGACACCGCACACUGGACCGAAUUCUGCUUCCUUGUGCAGAGGGUCUGCCACGCGGCCGGUUUGUGGUCAGAGUGAGAACUGCUGUGGAAAAGGCUGAAGCAAGGACACAGGUUUCGUGUUAAUGCUGGACACUGCCAAAUUCAGAGUUACUAUAAAACCUCUUUAUGUGGA